AUGUUCUUGACAAGAUCAGAGUACGAUCGCGGUGUGAACACCUUCUCCCCGGAGGGUCGUUUGUUCCAAGUCGAGUAUGCCAUUGAGGCCAUCAAGUUAGGGUCAACAACCGUAGGCGUCAAGACGCCGGAGGGCGUGGUCUUGGGAAUUGAGAAGCGUGUACAAUCACCGCUCCUUGAAUCGUCCUCCAUUGAGAAGAUCAUGGAAAUUGAUUUGCAUCUCGGGUGUGCAAUGUCGGGUCUCACCGCGGACGCGCGCACUAUGAUCGACCACGCACGCGUAACCUCCCAAAACCAUGCAUUCACGUUCGACGAGCGCAUCAAGGUGGAGAGUGUAACACAAGCUGUUUGUGAUCUUGCCUUGCGGUUCGGAGAGUCCGUGCAUGACGAGGACGCCAUGAUGAGUCGACCAUUCGGUGUCGCCCUGCUCAUUGCGGGGAUUGAUGAGCUUGGGCCACAGCUAUUUCACACAGAUCCCUCCGGGACGUUCGUGCGAUAUGAAGCGAAGGCCAUUGGCUCGGGAUCUGAAGCGGCACAGAGUGAACUCCAAGACAAGUGGCAUAGUCGAAUGACGCUACAAGAAGCACAGGCACUCACGCUGCGGGUCCUCAAGCAGGUUAUGGAAGAGAAGCUGGAUCAACACAAUGUACAACUUGCGCAGGUCACGCCCGAGAAGGGUUUCGAGAUUCUCGAUGAAGUCAGGCUAAAAGCGAUAAUCGACGCUAUGUAACAAUACGGACUACGACUGCUUUGUUCUGCCUCGCGUUUUCAUG